AUGAGGCCUGGUUGCCCGAGGUACGGGCGGUUGCAGCAGCAGCAGCAGCAGCAGCAGCAGCAGCAGCAGCAGCAGCAGCAGCAGCAGCAGCAGCAGCAGCAGCAGCAGCAGCAGAGGUUGACGCUUUGUACCGGCGCGCACCUCCCACACGGCGAGCGAUUUCAGAUCAGGCUGUACCACGAGCAGGCGCGACUCCUCCAGCGUCAGAGGCACAAAGGGGCCAGCCCGCCGAGCGGGCUGCGCGCCGCGGGCAUGGGCAGCCGCGGGGCUGCCUGCCGCACCACGGGCGGCGACAUUGCGCCCGCCGCCGCGGCCGCGCCCGCCGGGGCUGCCUCGGGCGCCUCCCCGGGCUGGCCCUGA